AUGGGUGAGCGCAAGGGCAUCUACUUUGGCGCUAUCGACGCCAGCGCUGGCGACAUGGUGUCUAGCAGUGUACGCAAUGCGAGCGGAAAUGGACACAUGAUCCGCAACUUGGAGGCGGCCAUCCGCGCUGGUAAUGUGAACGUAUCGGACAACGUGGAGACAGAGGUGCUGCAACUGUCCGAGAGCAGUCGCGCCGCCCAGGAGAAGCACGCACAGCUGCUGCGUCGUAUUGAAGCAGAGAAGCGAGCGCGUAACAUUGCAGUGCCUACUAUUGUCGAGGAAGUGAUACUGCGACUACGGCAACUUGGCGAGCCCAUCACACUGUUCGGAGAGCGUCCAGCGGAUCGACGCGAAAGACUGCGUGAGAUUCUGUCACGUCUGGAGCUGGAGGCUGAGGAGACAGGUUUUGUACACCAGGUUCUUGCAGAUAUUCAAAAACAGGAUGCGACGAAGCCCCAGCAGGACCAACUGUUCUACGUGCCCAUUAAAAACGAGGCACUUAAGAGUGUGCGUGCCACAAUAUUUGCACACACUACGAGUGCUGUGGGUGCACGACUGAAGAGAGAGCGACAGGAGCAGGUCAUGAGCUUGGAGGAACGAGCUCGGAAACUAGAUCACCACGCAGCGGAGCUAUACGCGACGGCUUUGAAAAUGGCCAAUGUAGCGAGUCAGAAUGGCGACGUGCGUCCUCUGGCUAGUGUACGGUAUUCGGCAGAUGGUGCUCAUGUGGCCACGGGCUCGUGGAGUAGCCUGGUAAAGGUUUGGGACGCCACGAACGCUAAUGAGGUCAAAUUGUUCCGUGGACACGAAGACCGUGUAACUGGAGUCGCGUGGCAUCCGACCAACGCAUUUUCCGAGAUGACGGAUGGAGCUGCCUCCGUGUGUCUUUGUAGUGGUUCUGCUGACGGCACCGCACGGCUCUGGGGUGCAUCUCGCAAUGAGCCUCUUGCUGUGCUACGUGGCCACAAGGCGAGACUGGGAAAGGUUGCUUUCCACCCACUGGGAAAUUACAUUGGUACAACAAGUUUCGACCACACAUGGCGGCUUUGGGACGUUGCAACAGCGCAGGAGCUGCUGCUGCAGGAAGGCCAUUACAAGGAGGUAUAUGCCAUCGCGUUUCAGAAGGACGGUGCGCUCGCAGCGACAGGCGACUUGAACGGUAAUGGGCGAGUUUGGGACCUCCGUUCGGGCAAGGCUAUACUGCCAUUGCAGGGCCACUCGAAGCAGAUUUUGUCCAUGGACUUUGCUGCUAAUGGCGUACAGUUGGCGUCGGGUAGUGAUGACCGCAGUGUUCGGAUCUGGGAUUUGCGACAGCAAAAGUGCUCGUACAUGAUUCCAGCGCAUAGUAACUUGGUGAGCGACGUGCGCUUUUCGCCUGGAUCUGGUGAGCUGCUGCUCAGUGCCUCGUACGACUCGUCCAUCAAGCUUUGGAGAACUCGAGACUGGAAGCUGAUGACCACUUUGCGUGGUCAUGACGGCAAGGUGAUGUCAGCCGACUUUGCUCCAGACGAGAAGCACGUAGUUUCCUGCGGCUUUGAUCGCACAUUUAAGCUUUGGGCCCACGAGAACGAAUUCUAA